GGCCGCUGCUGUGGGGCUCAGCCAUCUGCGCUGCCUGCCAGGGGGCGGGCCGAAACCUGGAGGCCCGGGGGGCCCAGCUCCCGUGGGGAGCCGUGGGCACCCGCUGUCCGGGCAGGGCCGGACAGAAUAAUAAGCUGAACAGACUCUGACCAUUGGCUUUCAGCUCUCCAGGACCUUCUAUCUAGCUCUCCUUUUGUGGCCCAUGUGCUGCAUCCUCUGCCCUCAGUGUGCAGCUGGCCCCCAACGCAAUGUGUGUUUGUCGAACCAUGGAAGUGGGGCAGUAUGGCAAGAACGCAAGUCAGGCUGGAGACCGAGGAGUCCUCCUGGAGCCCUUCAUCCACCAGGUGGGCGGUCACAGCAGCAUGAUGCGCUACGACGACCACACUGUGUGCAAGCCCCUCAUCUCCCGGGAACAGCGCUUCUACGAGUCCCUCCCUCCCGAAAUGAAGGAGUUCACCCCUGAGUACAAAGGUGUGGUAUCUGUCUGUUUUGAGGGGGACAGCGAUGGUUACAUCAACUUGGUGGCCUACCCUUAUGUGGAAAGUGAGACCGUGGAACAGGAUGACACACCAGAACGGGAGCAACCUCGGCGCAAACACUCCCGCCGGAGUCUGCACCGGUCAGGCAGUGGCAGUGACCACAAGGAGGAGAAAGCCAGCCUCUCUCAUGAGACUUCUGAGAGCUCCCAGGAGGCAAAGAGUCCGAAGGUGGAGCUACACAGCCACUCAGACGUCCCUUUCCAGAUGCUAGAUGGCAACAGCGGUCUGAGUUCUGAGAAGAUCAGCCACAACCCCUGGAGCCUGCGCUGUCACAAGCAGCAGCUGAGCCGCAUGCGCUCUGAGUCCAAGGACCGAAAGCUCUACAAGUUCCUCCUGCUUGAGAACGUGGUGCACCACUUCAAGUAUCCCUGCGUGCUGGACCUGAAGAUGGGCACCCGGCAGCAUGGUGAUGACGCAUCAGCUGAGAAGGCGGCCCGGCAGAUGAGGAAGUGCGAGCAGAGCACAUCAGCUACCCUGGGUGUCAGGGUCUGUGGCAUGCAGGUAUACCAGCUGGACACAGGGCAUUACCUCUGUAGGAACAAAUACUAUGGCCGUGGGCUCUCCAUUGAAGGCUUCCGCAAUGCCCUCUAUCAGUACCUGCACAAUGGCCUAGACCUGCGAUGUGACCUCUUUGAGCCUAUCCUGAGCAAACUGCGGGGCCUGAAAGCUGUGCUGGAGCGGCAGGCCUCCUAUCGCUUCUACUCCAGUUCCCUGCUUGUCAUCUAUGAUGGCAAGGAGUGCCGAGCUGAGUCCUGCCUGGACCGCCGGUCUGAGAUGCGUCUCAAGCACCUGGACAUGGGGCUCUCUGAGGUGGUGGCACCCUGUGGUCCCAGCAGCAGCCCCAGCAGCACCAGCCCCGAGGCAGGUGCCUCCUCUCCACCCAAGGUGGAUGUCCGCAUGAUUGACUUUGCACACAGCACGUUCAAGGGCUUCCGAGAUGACCCCACCGUGCAUGACGGGCCAGAUAGAGGCUAUGUGUUCGGCCUAGAGAACCUCAUCAGCAUCAUGGAACAGAUGCGGGACGAGAACCAGUAGGCCCAGUACUGGGCCCCCAGAACCCCUUCCUCUCCACCCGCAGGCAGGGACCAUUGCUCCAAACUCGCCGUGAGGACAAACAGACUUGCUUUUAAAGGGUUAUAUUUCUCUUUGGUGUAAACUAAAAGAAAUGUUUUUAGCUGUAGCCUGGAAUCCAUAUAUAUAAAGUGAAGGAGGGCAGAACAUAUGUCCUCUUAGCCAGGCUCCUUAGCUCUAUGACUCUGACUGCUGUGUCCAGGCUGACUUAGGAAGAGGUGCCCCUGGUGGGCUUGGCAGCAGGGACAGAGUGCCCUUGGACACUGGUUUCUCUUGCCCAGGUCUUUGGGGGGGGGGUCUAUGGCUGCAGGGAAGCCCUGGGCUGGUGCAGGGCCCCUCCAUGCCCACUCAUCCCUUGUUCCCAGAAGCAGAGGGGUUUGGGGCCCAUCUCUUAGGGGCUUUCCAGUCUUGUGCUGUGGGUUUCAGCCAGCUCUUUAACAGAUGUCACAGGACUGACUGCACACAGCUGGAUCCCAUCUUUCUUGGUUCUGACCUUGAUAAGGGACUAGAUUUAUGAAGCUGAGCUGAAGCCAACUCAUGGCAGAGGGCAGGCCUUGGGUUCCCCAGGCACCCAUUGGCACAUGAACCUGCUCCUCUUCUGCCCGCAACCCCAGCCAACCUCUCUCGUCAAGAUCCCUUGCCUAAGGAGGCCACCUUCUUCUACUCCGCUGAAGGGGGUACAGCUCUGUUUGCCUAGGAGAGUCAGUGUCCCAGUAGGCCUCAGAGCCUCUGGUGGCUCUGGCCCAGACAGUAUUUGCAGUUCUCAUGCUGUGGGUGGGAGUAUUUCUCCUCUAGUUUUGGCAGCUGUGCUGCCUCUGUAUGGGCUGCUCCUCCCAGGGCUCAAGGGCUGUGGUCCACUCAGGGUCUCACAUUUCCCCAGGCCCAGCUCAAGGCAGCAGCCCAUUGAGGCACUCCAGUCCCUGGGUCUGGAGGAACUUUUAAGCUAGUCUGCUUAUAGGGACAUUGUCUGAGCCCUAGAUGCUGGUGCCCAGAUUCUGCUAAUGAGAGCUUUGUCUGAUUAAUUGUGGGAUCUGUCAGUUUGUCCAUUUGUCCACCUGCCAACUCCUUUCUCUUAGGAUCCUUCCCCUGGGGUGUAACCUUCUUUAUUGUUAUACAUAUAUUGAUUUUCUUCAUGCUUUCCUCCGCAAAAUAUUCUUUCUCAUCUCUGAGGAGAGCUUUAGCCUCUGUGCCCUUCCUCAGCAGGUGUUGCCUUUUUAUAAGCCCUAGUAGCAGAGCGAAUUGUAGGUGGUGUGCCUCUGCUGGCCCAGCAACCUUCCUUGGGCCUGGAGUAUGGCCCUCAACAUGUGACAGUGGGCCAGUGAAGGCUCAAGGGGUAACCCUUUCCCAUGGUUUAGUCAUUUUUUUGCCAACCCUUAAUGGCACAGAGACCUGCUGCCUCUAACACAGGUGGACAGGAGGUGACACGGCACUCAGCCAUUGACAAGGUUAGCACCCUCUCCAAGCCUAGGGCCACUGUCAUUGUCAUUUUGGCAUGUCCCUGUUUUGGCAGUAAAGGUGACCUGCCAGCCUGUGUCUGUGAGACGCCUUGGUAACUGGUGGACUAAUUUCAUGGUCUCUAAGAUGCACCUUCUUAAAUGGGCUCCUAAAUGGAUCCUCUCUCUCUCAGCCCUCUGACCCUGGUGCCAGUGGUGGGCAGGUUCCCAUUCCUUGGGGCUGGGAAGGGCAGCUUGCCUGUUUCUGGUCAGUAAUGACCAUCCUUUCUCCUGUAACAUUCUUUGGCUUCAGCCAUGGGAGGCAGUAGCUCUUCCUUAGUGUAGUAGUCAUUCCCUGGCAGUGUAGAAGAUAAAACAGAAGGGUCUGAGGCCACUUGUUGGGUAUGUUCUGUGCCUCCCAAGUUCUUAGAUUGUGGGAGCAGAUGCUGCCCCUUUCUGCUGCUCCUCAUAGUGAGAGAGGCUGUACCCACUUAGGUUCAAUGUUUUCCUGGCAUUAAAAAGAGUGGGGAAGGCCUGGGAUUUGCUGCUUUCCCCUUAGAGCAGGGCCCCUUUUUUCAGCACUUUUGACACCUGCAGACCCAGUUCUGUUAUCUGAUGGGUGGUGGAUAAGUGUGUGUGCACACACUUUAUGCCGCCCCUGCCAGGCUCUGCCUUCCCAGCCCCAACUUGGGACCAAAGUGCAAAGUGGGAUCAUGGGUUGGGGCACUCAGGUGACCCCUCUCUAUAGUGCUUCCCUGGGCCAAGCUGACACCAGCCCCCUGGGGGCGGGGCAGGUAUAAAGUGAGAGGGGCUUUUUUUUUCUUAAAGAGAAAGUGGACCAGUGCAGCAACUUGCUAGGGACUCUGGGCCUAUGCAGUGGGAAUUCCCACCAAGGGGCCUGGGCUAGUCAGUAGCCGCUGCAUAUGCGCUCACAGCUGGCCACGUGCACGCUCCCUAGAUGCAGUUUGCUUUGAACUUUAAAGCUGUACAAUUUGAUUAUGUUUGUGUUGAUUUAAAAAAUAUUUUAAUGAAAGAAAAAGGGGAGGAGAACCCUGAGAAGGACCUGGUUCCUUUGCUUUGGGAACAGUAAGACCUCAUGUUCUGGGAAUCGCUCUCUACUCUUUCUUGGAAGCUAAGCCUGUCCGCACCGCCCGAGGCCUGUUCCGGAUACUCCACGUGGCUCCAGUCACAUCUCGGCACAGCUGCGUUUCCUCGGGACCUUGCGUGUAAGGGAGGGGGUGCUCGGGCCGAGCCCGCCCUUUCUGUACACCUAGCGCUGCCCGCCCCGCUUGUGUCUGAGGUCAUGUACGUUAAAAUAAAGCCGCUACAAACUGA